CGGCGUCAAAACAACAACAACAACAACAACGCACGUGUAGCUUCCCGAUCAGCUGAUGAAGUAAACAACUUCUUUUCCCUCAACCUGUAGAUAAUGAGAUAGUAGAAACUCAAGUCAUUUCUACCUGCUGAAUGCCCCAGCCAUGUUACGAAUAGCAGUAAGAACAUGUACAAAUUAUCCAAACCAAUGGCAAUACGCAACAAGGAGGUGGAUCCACACCUCUAGGGUUAUGCGAUCUGUUGUUCCAGUGUUUCGACGAGCUGAACAGUAUCAUGAUCAUAUAGCAUUAACUGACCAGCAUGGUGAACAUACCUAUAGUCAGAUUUAUAGGUUCAGUGGUCACCUGGCUCGCCUAAUGCAGGAUGUCCUAGGAAGAGACAGAGUACAAGAGAGAGUAGCUUUCCUGUGCCCCAACGAUGUAUCUUAUGUCAUUGCUCAAUGGGGAACGUGGAUGGCAGGUCACAUUGCUGUUCCUCUGUGCCCAAAACACCCACAUCCACAGUUAGACUAUGUUGUGAAGGACUGUCAGGCAUCGGCUAUUAUUACCACUUCUGAUUUAGCACACAAGAUCAAGCCAAUUCUCUCAGGACAACAGGUUAUAGUCUUAGAAGAGUAUUUUUAUAAACAGUCCCCUGUCAGCAAAGAAAAUGAAGGCAAUCCAGGUGCAAUCCCUGAGUCUGUAGCAGAAGAGAAUUCAACAACACAGUGGUAUGGCUGGGAUAAUGAAUUUUACUCCUUGAGCGAUGCUAUGAUUCUGUACACAAGUGGCACAACAGGACCCCCCAAAGGUGUUGUUUUGAGUCACAAGAAUGUAGCUUCACAGACAAGUUGCCUGAUCCAAGCAUGGCGUUGGACCUCUAGUGAUUCCAUCCUGCACUGCCUGCCGCUCCAUCAUACCCAUGGCAUUGUCAAUGCUCUUUUAUGCCCACUACAUGUUGGUGCCAGAGUUGUCAUGCUACCAGAAUUUUCUGCAUCCAGAGUUUGGAGUCAUUUGCUUUCCUUGGAUACCCCAGUCAUGUCACGAGUGAACCUCUUCAUGGCUGUACCCACAAUAUAUGCGAAACUGAUUGAGGAAUAUGAAGAUAAAUUAGUGAAGAAUACUAGAAUGAUAGAGUAUGUGAAGGCUAUUUGCAUGCAGAAUAUAAGGCUCAUGGUAAGUGGCUCUGCAGCACUGCCUGUGCCCAUCCUGGAGCGGUGGAGGGCCAUCACGGGCCAUACACUCCUGGAACGCUAUGGGAUGACGGAGAUAGGAAUGGCCCUGUCUAACCCCCUAAAAGGAACUAGAGAGCCAGGUUGCGUUGGAACCCCCCUCCCAGGAGUGGAAGUAAGGGUUGCCAAGUUCAUUCCUGGGAAGGAGGAGUACGAGGUUCUUUGUGCUGGGAGCAGCCAGGGAACCAAGGUCUUCACGGAUGGGGAGGCUGGUGAGCUUCUGGUAAGAAGCCCUAAUGUGUUUAAAGAGUACUGGAAUAAGCCUGAGGCUACCAAGAAGGAAUUUACUCAUGAUAAGUGGUUCAGGACAGGGGAUACUGCACAGUACAUAGAUGGAGCCUACAAAAUCUUGGGACGGACAAGUGUGGACAUCAUCAAGAGUGGUGGGUUUAAGAUCUCAGCCCUUGAUGUGGAGCAGCACCUCUUGGAUCAUCCUCAUAUUGCUGAAGUGGCUGUGGUUGGGCUUCCAGAUAUCACAUGGGGACAAAAGGUCGCAGCUCUCAUUGUAUGGCAGAAGAAGGAGCCCCUUGAUCUGGUGAAGCUUCGUAAUUGGGCACGGGAGAGGAUGCCCCACUACCAGGUACCGUCCGUGGCAAUGACCAUAUCAGAACCCUUGCCACGCAAUAAUAUGGGGAAGGUCAACAAGAAGCAGAUUGUGAUGGAUUUCUUUCCAGAUAGUAUGAACCAGCAGUAAUCUGGCUUUGUGUGUUGAGGGUAUGGAUGACUGGCUGUGAGGAGGUAGUUUUAGGGUAUGAGUGGGAUAUUGUUUGUAGGUGUGAUAUUGGAACAGUUAUUGUCCCUUUAGUCAACUGCAGGGUUGAUUGAAGUUGAAUUUUGUCAAGGAAAAGAAUAAAAUAAUGUAGAGGCAGCUACUGUCUAUAGAGAAAUGCAAUGCUUUGGUUAAUUUGACAGUGUUGCUACAUUUUAUUUUACCUUAAGGUACUGUACCACAGUUGAAUGUUUAAAUGAUGCCAGUUACUCUUGUCACAUACUACUUAAGGUAUAUUUACUGGUUCUGAGAAAUGGUCCACAGGUCUAGUUAUGCAUGUUUCUAAUGUGCUUCAAUUUUUCUUCUUUUUAGAAUAAUGCAAUGCUGAUAAAGCUAUUGUUCAGCCAUAUUUCCAAGCAGGUAUUCUAUGAUAUAAAAAAAUGAAUACUUCAUGACCUAUGACUGUUAGCUACUAUUGGUGCUUCCCUGAAGGUGGAAGGUAUCCAUAGAUCAAGGUACCUAUGCAUUCAUGUUUUUCCUUUGGCCUCCUUUGGAGCAUUUGUAUUAGGAAUGUUAUUGAUCUCAGCUGAAUACAUCAAUAUGCUGUAGUAACAAACAGACUGAAGACAUAUUAUCAAACAAAUAUUACUGCUUGUCUUGAAGUAACAUACAGUAUGCAAGACUAGGAAAUCAUAUCUAUAAAAGGAGCUGAAAGUAUGCUGAUUUUAUUGUUCUUCUCUACUUUUCUCUUCUUUUUAGAUUAACAUGUGUAUAGUAGUAUAGUAGUCAUAGUUGGACAGUGGAAAGUAAAUCUAACAGAAAUAUUCAAUUUUGAAUUGCAAAUGCCUUUGCAUUGUGUGAAAGAGAUUCCAGGAUUUACCACCUCUCAGUAUUUAAAUGUUAUGGAUUCUGUCUCUUCCAUAUUCAGUUUCAUAUGUACUGGACUACUUUUUUAAAAACUAAGAUAUAUAUUUUAUAACACAGAAAAUCCCAGUAACUGCUAUUGGAAUUGUGUUUAAGAAUGAAGUGUAAGGAAAGUGCAACAAUGAUCUUAUAUAUGGGAGUCUUGGUAUGUACUGAAAUUUCCUUGUUUAUGUUCCUGUUUUUUCAUAUGACUUCCAAAAAGCCAUACAACUGUAUUGAAAACAGCAGCUUAAUAUAGUACGUAGGGCCAGUUAAGAAUAGUUUUGGAUAGGUUAUCUAUCUCCCAUACUUUUUAUGUUAUGUAUCUGACACUCAUGCCAUGAUUAUUUAAACAUCAUUUUGUGUCUGUGAAAAAAACGGAAACAUAUAACAGCAACAUUAUAGUUACAUUUGUUUGUGUUUGUGUGUGCAUAUAUACACACACACAUAUAUAUAUACACACACAUAUAUACAUUUUUUUUGUUGCUAAUUAGAUUAUAAUCUCAUGAUGUGCAAUCAUUUUAGGUGCCUUAAAAAUAUAUGGAUUUAGUGUAUGUGACUGCAUUAAUGCCAGGGAAUCACUUUGGUUCCCCUUUUUCAUUUAUUAUGUAGAAAAAAAUACAUAGUAUUUUGAACCAUGCUGAUGUACAAAGAUAGACCUUUGAUGUUUUCUCUGUUAUUUUUAUGAUUAAUGUAAAUUAUUCACUGAUGUUAGAAGAGCUGGUUAUGAGUUAAAGUGGGACAUUAGGUGAUCAUGAAUAUGGUUUUUAAAUAUGAAAUUAAAAGUUAAAAUAUAGGAUUAUGGCAAUAACCAACAUUUUAAACAACCUGUUUAGUUGUUUAGUUAUCAUAAUGAUAAUAACGAUAAUGAUAUUGAUAAAGAUUCUUCUUAUUUUUUUAUUAUUAUUUUUAUAAUUAUUAUAAUUAAUUAUUAUUACUACUAUUAUUAUUAUUAUUAUUAAUAUUAUUAUUAUUAUUAUUAUUAUUAUUAUUAUUGUUAUUAUUAUUAUUAUUAUUAUUAUUAUUAUUAUUAUUAUUAUUAUUAUUAUGAUUAUGAUAAUGAUCUUCAGAUUAUCAAGAGAAUUGAUGGGUGUUCCUACAGCAGCUAGUGCAAAUAUCGAAGAUUACAACAUAGGGAAAAGUACUUAACAGGGAUAAUAAAAAAGUGAUUGGAGAAUGCUUUAAGGGAAUGGUGGUCUCUGAGAUCUGUUACCAUUAGGUGCUGGUCAGAAUUACUUCUGUGGUGUGACUGCAGGUAAAUGAUUAUUUUGCUGCAGUAUAAAAGGGCACUAAAAUCUGUUCAAGUGGAAAGCAAGUGUUACUGCAUGGAGAACCAAUGGUACAAUUUUGAUGUACUGUAUAUGAUUCAGUGAUUGUGAAAGAUGUCUUAUUUAUUUGACUCAAGGUUUUGUAUGUGUGGUUCCUAGUGAUGUGAAGAGUGGGUGUUUGGGUUCUGAAAGAUUUUGUCCAACCCAAAGUGUUGUAAAACUAUUGUGGAGUGAAUAUGUAGGUUGUAAAGCAGUAAGGAAAAAGUUGACAUUUUAAUCAUAAAUUGUUAUAUUGUCUGCAAAUAAUAACCAACUGAAUUGUUAGAAACAGAGAGCAAAAGUAUUUAUUUUGAAAAUAAUGUAUCAAGAAUUGAUUUAUAUUUUUCAGAGAUUAAGGCAUAGUUGAACUAUAUCUUUAUACACUCUUUUAGUAAGAUAAGAAUGAGAUAGGAAUAAGUGCAUUUUAGUUGAGAAAGAGAUGUUAUAAAACUAGACUUUGUUUGUCAUAGUGUGAAUGUCUCUAAACUCAGGUGACAUUUUAUAUUAUAUAUUGGUACUCUUUUGUUCUGAACCAGUAUACAGUAAAUAACCAAAAUACAUAAGUUAGUAUGUAAUUUUCUACAACCUGUUGUAUCUCUUAUAGAUCAUAUAUAUAAAGGUUUUAUGUAGUAUAUUGAUCAUACAUAUUUUAUGAUGAAGUUGAUAUAAAUAAAAUGUUGCCAUAUGUACAUUGACAACAAUGGAAAAUAAACUCAACUGAUAAUGAUGUGUCAUACAUUGCAUUUUCAGAUUCUAGACUGAAGUAAUUAUAAAGCAGUGGUCCUCUAGACAUACAGUUCUUAUUGUUCUUAUUGUUAUAUUUUUGCAUAGUCUUCUCUUGACCACCAUCAAACAGGAAGUACAGUACAAUAAUGUACAACUUUUGUCAAUAAAAUGAUACUGUGAUUUACA